AUGAAUGGUAAUUUACAAGAGUUGGAUCACAACAGCACAGAAAAUGAAAGUGAAGAAAACAAUGGAAAUGAAUCCCAUGAAGAUGAAGAAACAGAACUACGAAAGCCAGCACAAAAUGGGGCCACUGAAAAUGCUGCAGAUUCUGAAGAACAAAUUGAGCUAAACAGCAGUAUAAGUCAGCAAUGGCCUGAGGAGGACAAUUCCAAUAGUGACUUGUAUCACGAGGAAUCUUUUUCAAAGGAAACAGAAGAUAAGACAACUAGAAAAGAAAUGGACAAAUCAAAAGUGUUGGAAGUGGAAGAACUGGAUAGCCAGGAAGAUAAUAUUGAAGCAGUUGAUUCCCAGCAAGAAGCUAAUAUAAGGAACGGUAAAUCUGAGGGACAACAGCAAAAUUAUGAGGGAAUUGACAAUAAAUCUGAGAUUGGAACAGUUGAAGAAAAUGUAAUAGAAUCUGAAGCUUCUGAUAGUCAGGAAACUGUAGAAAUUGCAACAAGUGACAAUGGUAAAGGAUCUGAGGAAGGCGGUGAUAAGAAAAUAGCAUUUGCAAAGGAAGUGCAAGUAUUGGAUCAAAAGAUGCAAGAAGUCGGAGUUGCUGAGGAGGAGAUUAUUAAGCCAGGCUUCAAUAUCAAUGAAACUGCUUCCUUCCAAGGAAGAAUGCGCGACAGCACCGGUGCUAACACACAGCUAUCUUCUGAAGCAAAGGAGCAGAAGAGAGACGAUGAAGGUGAUGAGGCCGAGGUGGAGGGAGAAGAGCAGCCGCAGCUCCUGCUGCCUUUCAGAGAUCGAUCGCACAUUGAAAAAACUCUCCGGCUGGAUGAGAAGGCUCCAUCUGAUGAUUAUAGUGGUGUACUGCAGCGGUUACGGAAGAUAUAUCACAAUGCCAUUAGACCACUGGAACAAGCAUACAAGUACAAUGAGCUGAGGCAACACGAAAUCACAGCCUACCCAGGACGUUCCAUGAACUCAUUCCAAGACGGAGAAAUUGUGUCAAAACCAAUGGUGCUGUUCUUGGGACCAUGGAGUGUUGGGAAAUCCACCAUGGUCAAUUACCUCCUGGGACUGGAUGAGACUAUCUAUCAACUUUAUACAGGUGCAGAGCCAACUACAUCAGAAUUUACUGUUUUGAUGCAUGGGUCUAAGAUACGCACAGUGGAGGGAAUUGUCAUGGCUGCCGAUAGUGCUCGGUCGUUCUCUCCUUUGGAAAAGUUUGGCCAGAACUUUCUGGAGAAACUUGUUGGAAUUGAACUCCCACACAAGCUGCUGGAACGAGUGACUAUUGUGGACACACCUGGAAUAAUUGAAAACCGUAAACAGCAAGAAAGAGGUUAUCCCUUCAAUGAUGUUUGUCAAUGGUUUAUUGAUCGAGCUGACCUCAUAUUUGUUGUGUUUGAUCCUACCAAACUGGACGUUGGAUUGGAAUUGGAGAUGCUCUUCCGUCAGUUGAAGGGUCGUGAGUCUCAAAUCAGAAUAAUUUUGAAUAAAGCUGACAAUGUGGCCACUCAGGAACUGAUGCGAGUCUACGGAGCUCUCUUCUGGAGCCUGGCACCAUUAAUCAAUGUCACAGAACCACCAAGAGUCUACGUUAGUUCUUUUUGGCCAUAUGAGUACCAACCUGAUACAAAUCAAAACCUAUUCCUGAAAGAAGAGGUCUCCCUCCUGGAGGAUCUCAACCAAGUCAUUGAGAAUAGGCUGGAGAACAAAAUCGCCUUCAUCCGACAGCAUGCCAUACGUGUGCGCCUCCAUGCCCUUCUUGUGGAUCGAUAUUUGCAGACUUUUAAAGAUAAAAUGACCUUCUUCAGUGAUCCUGAGUUAGUCUUCAAUGAAAUAUUGGAUGAACCAGACAAAUUCUACAUCUUUAAAUCCAUCUUGGCUAAAACCAACGUCAGCAAGUUCGAUCUUCCCAAUCCUAAUGUCUAUAAAGAUUUCUUUGGCAUUAAUUCCAUUAAUACUUUCAAAUUGCUGUCAGCACAGUGCUCAUACAUGGGAGGAUGUCUGCUGGAGAAAAUCGAGCGUAUCAUCACCCAUGAGCUUCCUGCUUUAUUGGGAGCCAUCACUGCUGGGAAAAACCCAUCUCUUUCAUCCUGUGACAUCACUGGAUGUGGAGAAACACCAAAGAACCGCUAUAGAAAGCCCUGAACAAGGAGCUAUUACAUUAUUUAUGGGUGAAAUAGUUUAUGUCUUAUGUCCAAGAAGCCAUGGUUCAUUAACCCUUUGAGAACUGAGCUUUAAGCAUCCAGGAACCUGUUGUAUACCUUAAAAGAAAAACUUCUAUCAAAU